AGCAGGGAGGGGGUUGUGGGCAGUGGGGGCCAGACCAGCCUGGCCCUCCCGCUGCUCGGGCCGCCAUGGCUCCAGGGCUGCUGUCGCUGCUGCUGCUGCUGGCCGAGGGUGCCCCGGGGUCCGAGCUGGACCCCACAGGGCAGCACGUCUGCAGGGCCAGUAGCCCCUCGGCCGAGCUCCAGUGCUGCCCAGGCUGGCAGCAGAAAGAUCAAGAAUGCAGCAUCCCCAUCUGCGAGGGGCCCGACGCCUGCCGGGAUGAGGAGGUGUGCGUGAAGCCUGGCCUCUGUCGGUGCAAGCCCGGAUUCUUCGGGGCCCGCUGCGACUCCCGCUGCCCGGGCCAGUACUGGGGCCCCGACUGCCGUGAGAUCUGCACCUGCCACCCGCACGGCCACUGCGAGCCGGACACCGGCGUGUGCCACUGCCAAGCCGACCGCUGGGGCGAGCGCUGCGAGUUCCCGUGCGCCUGCGGCCCGCACGGGCGCUGCGACCCCGCGACGGGCACGUGCCGCUGCGAGCCGGGCUGGUGGUCGCCCACGUGCCGCCGCCCGUGCCAGUGCAACCCGGCGGCGGCGCGCUGCGACCCGGCCAGCGGCGCGUGCCUGUGCGAGCCGGGCUGGUGGGGCCGCCGCUGCAGCUUCCGCUGCGCCUGCCACGGGUCGCCGUGCGCGCAGGACUCGGGCCGCUGCGCCUGCCGGCCCGGCUGGUGGGGCCCCGAGUGCCGGCAGCAGUGCGAGUGCGUGCGCGGCCGCUGCAGCGCCGCCACCGGCCAGUGCAGCUGCCCCGCCGGCUUCCGCGGCGCCCGCUGCGAGCUGCCCUGCCCGCCCGGCACCUACGGGCCGCAGUGCCGCGAGAGCUGUGGCCACUGCAGGCACAAGGAGGCCUGCUCUGCAGACACAGGCAGCUGUCCGUCCUGCGAGCCAGGCUGGAACGGGACCCAGUGCCACCAGCCCUGCCCAGCUGGUACCUUUGGUGAGAGCUGCCGGCAUCAGUGCCCCCACUGCCGGCUUGGGGAGGCCUGUCAGCCCGACUCUGGCCACUGCCAGCACUGUGACCCUGGCUGGCUGGGGCCCAGGUGUGAGGACCCCUGCCCGGCUGGCUCCUUUGGGGAGGCCUGUAACUCUCCCUGCCCCACCUGUGUCCAAGGGGCCUGUGACGCGGUGACUGGGGAAUGUAUCUGCAGCGCUGGCUACUGGGGACCCAGCUGCAACACCUCGUGUCCAUCUGGCUUCCAUGGCAACAACUGCUCUGUACCCUGCGAGUGUCCAGAGGGGCCCUGCCACCCUGUCUCUGGGGCCUGCCAGCUGGGCUCUCACAGUCAGGACGCUGCCCUCAUCGUGGGCAUCCUGGUGCCCCUGCUGCUGCUGCUCCUGGGCAUUGCCUGCUGUGCCUGCUGCUGCUGGGCGGCCCGCUUGGCGCCAAAGGACAGGCCAGUGAGAGAUGGGGCUGCCGUGUCCAGGAUGAAGCUGCAGGUGUGGGGAGCACUGAGCAGCCUGGGCUCAGCGCUCCCCUGUGGGUCCCUCAGCAGCCACAAGCUUCCCUGGGUGACAGUCUCACACCACGACCCGGAGAUACCCUUCAACCACAGCUUCAUCGAGCAGCCGUCCACGGGCUGGGCCUCUGACGACUCCUUCUCUUCGGAUCCCGAGUCUGGAGAGGAAGACGAGGGCCCAACCUACUGCGUUCCCCCUGCAGAAGGAAUGGUUCCUGUGGUGCAAGCAGAGUCGCCAGAGUCCAGCCUGGCUGGGGGUUCCUUCCCUCCUCCCGAGGAUGCGUCCACGCCUUUUGCCAUCCCACGCACCUCCAGCCUCGCCCGAGCCAAGCGGCCGUCUGUCUCCUUUGCUGAAGGCACCAAGUUUGCUCCACAGAGUCGCCAAAGCUCAGGGGAGCUCUCCAGCCCCCUCCGAAAACCCAAGAGGCUCUCCCGGGGGGCCCAACCAGGUCCUGAAGGGCAGGAGGCUGAGGAGGGCACCGCCCUAGAGCAAGCAGAAAAGGACGGCGAGGCACCUCCUGGCACUGCCAGCCCCCAGGACUCAGCCGCCGGCCGCCGCCGCCUCCCACUUGGUGGCCGGAUGGUGGCAGAGCGUGUGGAAGCCAUCGAGGGCAAUGUCCAGGAGAGCUCAGGCACGGUAACCACAAUCUACAUGUUGGCAGGGACUCCCCGGGGAGCAGAGGGCUCAGUACGGUCAGUCCUCCGCCGCUUUGGAAGUUUCCAGAAAGGGCAGACAGAGCCCAAGAUCAGGAGCACCAUCCCCAAGCCCCCGCGCCGGGCUCUGAGUCGGAACAAGGGCAGCCCUGGGCUGGCCUCUACCUCUGCCAGUCUGAGCUCGGGCUCAGCCAUCCCGAAUGAGGAGCUCCCUGGAGCCCUGGAGUCUGCAGGAGCCAGAGCAGAGGAAGUGACCAGAGAUCAGGGUGAUGGCUUCAGGGGGUCCGGGACGAUGCUGGAGCCAGCCCCCCAGGGCGGCCCCCUGGAACAGGAGGUGCAGAGGCUGGGUGGAGAAGAAGGGAAGGAGGAGCCCCAGUAUGAGAACGUAGCACCUGUCUGUGGGCUCCCAGACCCUUGAGGACUUUGAAUCUGGGGAGUGGAAAGACUGUGAAUGGGCGUGCAUCCAAACUGGGUCAGACUCGUCUUAUGCUGGAGAAGAUGCCAGGAGUAGGAAGGUGUGCCAGAGACUGUCCUCUCCCAGGCAAAGUCAGCGCUGGAGGCCAGUUGGCUGUGUGCCCAGGCAGCGUUCUGGGGAUGUUCUGGGAGGCCUGGCAGAGACCCCAAGGAAGGGGGUCAGGAAAGCAAGAGGAGGCUUCAGGGACUUUUUUUCUGCUUGCCCCCAAAGGGUAUGCAUUCCUUCAUCUGCAAAACCUUUUCCUGAAAUGGGAAAUAACCUAAAUGUUUGAUGAUAAAAAAAGGGUUAAAUAAAUAUUUCUUA